UGGGAGCGCGUGACCGUUUGCCCUCGUAGGGGAGGGGCUGUAGGCGCGCGCAUGGCGAGUCGUGUGUUGGAGCCGCGACACAGCACCCUCUUCUCUGCGUGCGGCGCGCUUGUGUUGUUGAUGGGGGGCAACUUCAGGACGCUGCGGCUCGCGAUGAGGCUUGCGGUGUACGCUGUGAUCGGCUACCUGACGUACCAGAGGUGCAUGCUGCACGUUGCGGGUGGCCCGUCGUGGGUGCUGGCGCGCGCGCUCGGCGUGCACCUCGUGGACUGCGCGGUGCUCGGCGCGUGGCUGUGGUACCUCCCGCUGUACUCGGGCAAGCCGUACCACACAGGGUCGCAGCGCAGCCUGCGCUUCACGGAGCUCGCGCGCAACUACCUGUUUGCCGACGCGGUGAAGUACUUCAACUUUCGCGUGAUUGUGGACGACCCCGCCGUGCAGAUGCGGGACGACACGUCGCAGUACCUGUUCUCCUUCCACCCCCACGGCGUGUUCCCCGGCACGGCGCUGUUUGCGUCUCUGACGGCGGAGUGGGCCCUCAAGGUCGGCGUCAACGCGCAGCGCUAUGUGUCGACGCAUGUCGCGAGCAUUGUUUUCAACGUGCCGCUGCUGCGGGACUUCAACCUGCGCCUCGGUGCGCUGUCAGUGAGCCGGCGCUCUGUGGAGGCGAGCCUGAAGCGCGGCAACAGCGUCCUUAUCGUGACGGGUGGCCAGGCGGAGAUGCUGCGCACGCAGGUCAGCUCGGCGAGGAUGAUCCUGAUCACGCAGCACACUGGUUUCAUACGGCUGGCCAUCGCAUCACGGGUGCCGCUGGUGCCGCUGCUGUGCUUUGCGGAGAACAACGUGCUGGGGAUGCUCCAGUUUCCGCGCAUCCAGCGCCUCUCGCUCAGGCUC